GCACAUUUUCAGUUCUCGUUUAUCUUCGCUUUUGCCCCUCUCCAAAGUGCAGACAAUUGGCCAAAACUUGCACACCUCAUUUUCCGUUUCCGGCCAGGCUGGAAAUUUUCACCGUAGAGUGGUAUAGCCACCUAUGUAAAGUCAACCACCCAAAAAACCCACUCCGAUGGCAUCCGCAGUCGCGUGCGUGAGUACGUUGUGGAUAUUGCAUUUGAUACUUCGCCACUUGGCGCCAUGUGAAUGACCCAAAUAAUCCAAACAAACUGUAAAGUUUUCCCCAUGUGCAAACGUGGCUAGAAUGGUGUAACUUCACCACCGACUCCCUUUUCGGCCCUGCCAUUGAGCUCGUUUUCACUUGGAGCAUAAACUCGAGCAUUGUGUGAUGUUAUGUUGAGGUAAAUUCCUCGGUGCCAUGCAUCGGCCUCCCCUCAGUUGUCAGGCCGUUGGGUUGUUAGGCUGCGCGAAAGGAGGUUUUCCCGAACCGAAACCAAAGCUCAGUUCUUCGACGUCUUUGGCUGGGAACGGUCGGUUCGGUUUUUUGAGUGCUUGCAGUCCGGAGUUCGCGGCUUAGAGAAUGCCAAGUGAUAAUCAUCUGCAUCACCACCACUUGGGACACAGUGGUGGCCUGUCGCCGCAUCAUCAUCAUUUGCUGGACACAUCUUGUGGCAAUGCGGGAAUCACUGUCACAGAACAUCAUCAUGGACUGGAUAUGACCACCACAUUGCGCAGCGAAUUGGCUGCUUUGUCCUACAAAAAGGAGCGACUUACAGGAGAGCUCGCUGAAACCCGUACCGCCUUGUGCAGCAAAGAAGCGGAAAUUGAAAAUCUGCGAGCCCAGGCUGCUCGACAGACGGCUCUCAUCGGAUCCCUCCAGAGUCGCCUGCAAAACUCCGAGAGCAGGGAGCAGUCCGUCCAGGCGAGAUGUGAUUCCACCAUUCAGACGGUGCAGCGGGAAAAGCGGAGUUCCGAUGAGCGGAACAAGGAGCUGAUCUGCAAGAUUCAGCACCUGGAAACGCAUGUGGCCAGCGAGGAAUCCCAAAAGGACCAGGCCAAGGCCCAGUUGCACGAUCUCCUGCGCCGACUCAGCAUCAGUUUGGGCAUGGAUGUGUGCGACGGCAAUCAGAACUCGCAUGCCACACCCGAGUGCAUUGUGUCCCGGGCCGAGGAGGUGAUGGUGGAGCUGCAAAGGACCAAGGCCAAGGUCAGUUCCACCUGCGAUACCCUCAGCUCGUGCGAGAAUGAGCUGCUCAACCUGAAAUCACUGGCCAUUAUCGAGAAGCAACGACUCACGGCCCAGCUCGAUGGGGCAGGAAAUCACAAUCACGAGCUUGAAGGACGUUGUCGGCAGUACGAAAGGGAUCUCCAGAUUCAGAGGGAUCGUCUAACCGAGUCGGAAAUCAACGGGGAGAAACUCAAGGAGGAGCUGCGUGGCUUCGAGUCGCGUUGUCAUCGCCUGCAGAACAAUCUGGACCGGACUCAGGGCGAUCGUCUGCAGUUCUUGCGCGGAUUGAGCAAUCUCCUCAAUGUUCCCGAACCCUGCGAAACUCUUAUCAAGGACAAGUUAAGGGAGACCCUGGCGGAAAAUCAGGCCAUGCAUGCGCAAAUGCAUUCGCUGCGAGAUCAGUUGACCUCGGAGCACGAAAAACUGAAGGAGACCCAGCAGACCACCGAAUGUCGCCUUCGUUCUGGAGAGGCUCAGAAGUGUGAGCUAACUGAGCGGCUGGAGAAGUGCCAUGCCGAGAUCCAUACUCUGCGCAAGGAUCACAUGGGUCUGUCGGAGUUCCUGCAACGCCUGGCCAAUGCCAUGAACUGGAGUGAGUGCUCUGCCCCACCAGCCCUGGGCACCGAUACCAACCUGAUGGCGGAGAAUCUGCUGGAAAGAGCCGAGAGACUCACCGCCCACUGCGAGCACGAAGUGUCGCAUCAUCAUCACCAUCACAGCCCGGAGAAGGGAUGCUGUGAUCACGGACAUGCCCAUGGCCAUGGCCAUGGGAAACUGCGCCGGGAGAGAUCGUGUCAUGACAUUCCCCUGAAGGAGAGCAGCAGUGUGUACAACCUACAGCGACGAGUUCGCGUCCUCAGGGAGCAAGUGCAGCGUCGGGAUCUGCACUUGGAGCUGCUGCGUCGUAAGUUGGCCAUAAUUGAGGAUGGUGCUCGGGGCAAGUGCAUGCUGCAGGGCGAACGGGACGAGGCUGUUUGCCGGGCCAAAAAGGCGGCCAAACAGGUGGACAAGCUGAGUGCCCAGCUGGCUGAUGCUAGAUCCCAGAUAGCCGAAGUCAAGGCCCAAUUGGCCGAGGCAGUGGAGUACAAGAUCACCUCGCUGGAACGGGCCAGGAAGAUCGAUGAGUUGACCACCCAGGUGUGUGAUCUGGAGGACGAAAAGACCCGGCUGUUGUCCCAACUGAAUGCCCUGAAGGAGCGCCUCAAGUCCUCCUGCGAGUCCAACCAAAAUCGUAGAUGUCGUGAUGAGGCUCUAAUAAAUUCCAUGCGCGAUGAUGUCAACCGUCUCAGUUCACAACUUUCGGAUGCCAAUCAACGACUGUCCCACUUGCAAUCCUUCCGCACUUCGGUGGCCAGGACACUGCAUCUUAGGGAUCUGCCGGAAACCGAUCUACUGCAUCGCCUCCAGGCCUUGUGCUCCGCCCAUCAGGAGUUUACCAUGCUCUCGAAACGCUAUGAGACAGCUUCGCCAGUUGGCGACCAUCCGUGUCCUCGUUACGAUGACCCCAUACCACCUUCCGCCCACUGUCGCCCACCCAGGGAGCUCAGUCCUCCGCCUCCAACUUCCUUCCAUAACAAGGCAACACUCCACUCCGGCAACGGCCAUCACCCACCGUCUGAGCACCACCAUGGCUCCAGUAGCCAUGUCCACAAUCAUCACGGACACGGACAUGGUCAUGGCCACGGAUCCCAUUCAAGACGCCAACGCAGCAAAAGCCGGGAUAAACGGCUUCACGACGAGUGCUUCGACACGGAUGUGCAUCGAUUGCAUCACGGCUGCAAGGAGGAGCUACUGGCCACCGGAUCCGAGGAUGACUAUGACUUCAAGAGCAAAUACUGCUAAAGUAACGCACCUUUUCUAUGCAUUUGUAUUUUUCCGAGCAACCAAAAAUAAAACAUUAAUUCUUU